GUGUUAUAAUAUGAGUGGACUAUAUCGUUUAUUUUUCUCUCUUUUUGAUCCAAUUUUGUGCAUCAACAUUUGAUUGUUAUAUCUUUUUCAGCAUCGUAGAACUUACUGCACCAAGAGAAUUGUCACUACCAAGUUCGGCAGUUGAGGAAUCUGCCACUGUAAAUGAAGGUCAUAGAUCAAGUAGAGAAUGGCCAGAAAUAGUAGGGAGCAUUUUUAAUCAAGUUCAGUCAUUUCUUCCACAGUGGAAGAGUGCGUUUUUGGCAUCAUGUGUAUUGGGGGUCUUAAUAGAUCCUUUAUUCUUUUAUAUUCCUGUCGUCAACAUGGAUACGAAGUGCAUCGGGUUGGACAACAGUUUGAAGGGAGCGGUUAUUUCACUACGAUCAACAACGGAUCUAUUUUAUGUAGUGAAUAUUGUUAUUCAAAUUUAUGACGAACUUAAAGAUCAGACAUUUAGGGCCAUGGGGAGAUCAUAUCUCCAUACCAUAGUUUUGCCAAUGGCUAAGAGGAUUUGGAGGAUCUCAUCACACAUCUUAAUUGACAUUUUAGCAGUUCUUCCCAUUCCACAGGCAGUGAUCCUUGUCUUCAUGGACUCUAGUUCUUUGAAUACGACGAUGUUUUUGGCUUUUCUUGCUCUGUUGCAAUGUGUACCACGAGUUCUUCGCAUCUACUUAUUGUGUACAAAACUCAACGAGACUCUUACUAGAGAGACUGAAAUAUGGAUUAUAUUUAAAGGCGCAUUCAGUGUCUUUUUGUUCAUCCUUGCUAGUCAUGAAUUUGGAGCUUUUUGGUACUUUUUCGCUAUCCAGCGGGAGACGGCUUGCUGGCAAAAUGCUUGUCGAAACAACAAUGGAUGUGAACCUACUACCUUCUACUGCAAUGGUCGUACAAUCAGAAAAUUCACAUUUCUGGACGACUUAUGCUCUAUAAAUCCACACGAUACUAAUGCAACACCCUUCGAUUUUGGUAUGUUUGUUGAGGCUGUUCGGUCUGGUGUGUUGGAGUCAACAAAUUUACCGAAGAAAUUCCUUCAUUGUUUCUGGUGGGGCUUGCGAAAUCUAAGUUCUCUCGGGCAAAACCUCGAGACGAGUAACUAUACAUGGGAAAAUAUCUUUGCCAUUUUUAUUGCUCUAAGUGGCUUGCUCCUGUUUCUACUAUACCUCCUUACAAAUUUGAAGAUGUGUAUGAAGUUGGUAACUGGAGCAUCAUCCCAAGAUGAGAAUUCUACGGCAGCUGAAAAUGAAAGAUCUAGAGGUACAACUCUGGGUGUCUGAAAAAACAAUGAUGCUGGAACCACCUAGUGUCUUGCCAAAGGUGAUUUCUGUGGAGACGAGCUUCUGAUCUGGGCAUCAGCAUUCUCCCCGUUUUCGGCCUUACCCAUCUCCACAAGAUUUGUCAAGUCCCUCACAAAAGCGUUUGCACUCA